CUUCACCCCAUGCAAACUAAAUAGCACUCCCUAGUGGAGGAUGGUUACCACCAAGUGGGGCUUGCCAUCACCAGUCUUCUCCUGGUGGUAUGGUCUCAGGUAGACAAUUUCCUAAAUGCUUAUCAUUACUCUCGCCCUUACCACUGAGUUAUAAACCAUGGCAUCUCACGCUUUAUCAACUUUUCGACCUAUGUCGAGUCCCGUGCCCUUCGGUCAAUCGUGACACUAUCGAUAAAUCCAUUCACCAUGGAAAAGCAGACGGAGAAUGCGAGCAGUUCCGAUGAUGAAUCAACAAACCAUGAUACUUCAUGGCCCGAAAACGGCCGCGAGGAAUUGAGAAGGAUCGCCACUCGACAAUCCGCCAAAUCAGCAGCCGAAGCCAAAGGCUCAGAUGAAGCUCAACCGACAGCUCUCGACCCCCGAAGCCCAGACUUUGACUAUCUGGCAUGGACAAAGCACCAGGUCCAACAGUUUGAGAAAGACAGAACCGCAAGACGAACAGGGGUGGCUUUCAGGGGUGUCACUGUGCAGGGCCAUGGCGCGGAAAUCCAAAUCCAGCAUACUGUCGCGUCGAAUCUCCUAGCUCCGGUACAGGGAGGUCUAUCACGGCGUGGCAAACACAAGAAAACAAUCCUGCACGAAUUUCACGGGUAUCUCGAGCACGGUGAGAUGCUGCUGGUGCUUGGUAGGCCAGGAGCUGGAUGUUCUACUUUCCUAAAAGCACUGGCUGCCGAGACUGAGGGGCUCGACUUGUCCGCAGAUGCAAUCUUCAACUACGACGGGAUCCUGCAGCCGGAGAUGAAGAAGUACUACAAGGGAGAGAUUCUCUAUAAUCAAGAAGUCGAGAAACACUUUCCUCAUCUCACAGUUAGUCAAACACUCGACUUCGCUGCAGCAGCACGCGCCCCCAAGAUUCGCCCCGAUGGAAUGUCUCGAAACGAGUAUGUCACACAUAUGCGGGAGGUCGUAAUGGCGAUAUUCGGGCUGUUACACACGGUCAACACAAAGGUCGGGAAUGAUUUCGUUCGUGGCGUCAGUGGAGGGGAGCGCAAGCGCGUGUCCAUUGCAGAGAUGGCACUGGCAGGCUCGCCACUUUGCUGCUGGGAUAAUGCCACCCGUGGUCUGGACUCAGCGUCUUCUUUGGACUUUGUCAAGGCACUACAGAUUGGUUCCAAGGUCUUUGGGACAACGCACAUAGCCACGCUCUACCAACCAUCACAGGCAAUUUACCAUCUGUUCGACAAGGUGGCAGUCUUGUACGAGGGACGCGAGAUUUUCUUCGGCCUUGCCUCGCAGGCAAAACAGUAUUUCCAGAGCAUGGGAUGGCAUUGCCCUGCCAGGCAGACGACUGCGGACUUCUUGACUAGUGUGACGAACCCUACCGAGCGGCAAGCCUCGACAGGCUUUGAGAAUAAGGUUCCCAGGACACCGGAAGAAUUCGAAGCCUACUGGCGAAACAGCCAGGAAUACAAACAGUUGAUGCAAGGAAUCUCGGAGUACGAAGCAAGAUACACCGGCAGUUCCGAAUCCACCCAAGCAUUCAAAGAGAGUCAUGCCAUGCGUCAAGCUCGGCACGCUCGUCCAAAGUCUCCUUACCUGAUCACUGUCCCCAUGCAGAUUAAGAUAUGCAUGGUGCGGUUCUACCAGCGUGUUUGGAAUGAUCUACCGUCCACCUUGACCUUGAUGAUUGGUCAGAUUGUCUUCUCGUUGAUUAUCGGGUCCCUCUACUAUGGAUUACCCUUCGGAACGCAAGACUUCAGCUCGAAAAUGUCCGCGUUGUUCUUCGCGAUUCUUCUCAAUUCGCUGCUCACAGUGUCCGAAAUCCAGAAUCUCUAUGCGCAACGUCCAAUUGUGGAGAAACAUGCUUCGUACGCCUUCUAUCACCCAUUCUCGGAGGCCCUGGCCGGUGUGUGUGCAGAUCUCCCAAUCAAACUCGCAAACAGUCUGGCGUUCAACAUUAUUUUUUAUUUCAUGUGUGGGCUACGCUACGAUGCUGGUCCAUUCUUUGUCUUCUUUCUCUUUGUGACCAUGGCUCUCUUGUGCAUGAGUCAGGUCUUCCGUACCCUGGCGGCUGUCUCGAAGGCGAUCCCUCAGGCACUUGCUGCGGCAGGAGUCAUUCUACUUGCGACAGUGAUCUAUACCGGCUACCUUCUCCCACAGCCCAGCAUGCACCCUUGGUUCAAAUGGAUCUCUUACAUCAACCCGCUCCGUUAUGCAUUCGAAGCUUUGGCUGUGAAUGAGUUUCAUGGUCGGAACUUUCCUUGUUCCGCUGUGAUUCCCGCAUACCCGGGGUUUACCAGCGGAUCUGGCCCCUACUUCAUCUGUGGCGAGAAGGGCGCGAUUGCUGGGGAAUUGUUCGUCAGCGGAGAUCGGUAUCUCUCUGUGAGCUACGGCUAUGAGUAUCAACAUCUGUGGAGAAACUUUGGCAUUCUCUGUGCUUUCACCUUUGCCUUUCUCGCUGUCUACCUGCUGGCGACCGAAAUCAACUCCCGCUCGUUCUCGGGGGCUCAGAGCCUGCUUUUCCGUCACGGCCAUGUUCCCCUUGCAUUUCAAAGGUACAAUCAAGAGGCCGAGGCCACGGUUCUUAGCACACCUCAUGAGAAAGAGGAAACAGAGCCUCCAUUACCGCCGCACCGCGAUACCUUCACCUGGCGUAACGUCUGCUACGAUAUUGAGAUCAAAAAGGAAGAGCGUCGUUUGCUUGAUAAUGUCAGCGGGUGGGUCAAGCCCGGCACACUGACUGCGUUGAUGGGCGUGUCUGGUGCGGGAAAAACUACUCUGCUCAAUGUUCUAGCUGGGCGUGUUUCGAUGGGCGUCGUGACAGGAGAUAUACUCGUUAAUGGGUCGCCUCUCGGGGCGAGCGUUCAACGCAGCACUGGAUACGUGCAACAACAGGAUCUCCACCUGCACACCGCCACAGUGCGCGAGUCGUUACAGUUCUCCGCUCUUCUCCGACAGCCCAAGUCCGUUCCCGUGGCAGAAAAGUAUGAGUUCGUGGAAACAGUUAUCCGCAUGCUUAACAUGGAGGAGUUCGCCGAAGCGGUUGUAGGCAUUCCGGGCGAGGGACUGAAUGUUGAGCAACGCAAGCUUCUUACCAUUGGCGUCGAGCUUGCUGCAAAGCCUGCCUUGCUCCUGUUUCUAGACGAGCCAACCUCCGGGUUGGACAGUCAGUCCUCGUGGACCAUUAUCGCCUUGCUCCGUAAGCUGGCCUCCAACGGGCAAGCUAUCCUGUGCACGAUCCACCAACCCUCGGCGAUGCUGUUUCAGCAAUUUGACCGCCUCCUGUUCCUAGCUAAGGGUGGUCGCACUGUCUACUUUGGCGACAUUGGGCCAGAGUCCCGGACGAUGCUGGACUAUUUCGAGCGCCAGGGAGCGAGGAAGUGUGAUAGCGCAGAGAACCCGGCCGAGUAUAUCCUCGAACUCGCGGGGGCUGGGGUCAACAGUAAGGCCUCUCAGGAUUGGCCUGCGUUGUGGAAGCAAAGUCCCGAAGCGGCGGAGGUGAUGCGUGUUCUCGAGCAAGACCUGUCACGCCCUCAGAGCGGCCGAACCGAACCCGAUCCAGCAACUGAGUCCGAGGAGACCGCUUUUGCAAUGCCGUUCAAGGACCAAUUCGCUGCUGUACUUCGUCGCAUCUUUCAACAGUACUGGCGGUCGCCCGAGUAUAUCUACAGCAAGCUGGCCUUGGGAGUGCUUUCAGCUCUCUUCGUCGGUUUCUCCUUCUAUCUACCUGGCACCUCGGAACAGGGGCUGCAAUCGUCAAUCUUCUCCGUCUUUAUGAUGACCGCGAUCUUCACCGCGUUAGUCCAGCAGAUCAUGCCUCAGUUCAUCGUACAGCGCGACCUCUACGAAGUCCGCGAACAGCCGUCCAAGACCUACCACUGGGCCGCAUUCCUCGGCGCUAACUUACUAGCCGAGAUCCCAUGCCAGGUAUUGGUGGCCAUAAUCGUGUACGCCAGCUUUAUCUAUCCCGUGUAUGGGAUUGUGGACUCGCAGCGCCAGGGGGUGCUGCUGCUCCUAAUAGUGCAGUUCUUCGUGUAUGGGUCGACGUUUGCGCACGCAGUGGUGGCCGUGCUCCCGGACGCCGAGACCGCGGGCCUAAUCGCCACAAUGCUCUUCAACAUGACGUUGGUGUUCAACGGAGUGCUCGUCCCACCCGUCGCCCUGCCGGGCUUCUGGACGUUUAUGUACCGCGUCUCCCCGAUGACCUACCUAGUCAAUGCGAUUAUCGCCACCGGCGUGAGCGGCCGUCCCGUGCACUGCGCCGACAAAGAACUGAGUGUCUUCGACGUCCCGCCAACAUAUGGUACUUGUGGGGAAUACAUGCAAGCGUACCUCCAGGCGGCAGGAGAAGCCGCGGGCACUCUUCUCAACCCGAACAGCACUGCCCAAUGCCAGUACUGUCCGCUGCAGGCUGCGGACCAGUACCUCGAGGGCCGCGAGAUCUACUACAGCGAGCGGUGGCGCAACUUCGGCCUGCUGUGGGCGUACAUCGCGUUCAACGUGCUUUUCGCGCUCGCGGUGUACUACUUCUUCCGGGUACGCUCCUGGAAGAGAAAGGCCUGAGUUUUGUUCAGUGUGCCACUGAUGACGCAGAAUCCAGUCCGCAGGGACCUGACCUAUACACUCCGCCAUAAAGCAUUACGAGGGAAACCCUCAUCCUCAUUCAUCUUCUUAUUUCCCCGCUCUUCCAUUUCAUUUUAAUCUCCUUGAUCCUUUAUCCUUUUCUAAUUCUGUCACUCAACCACCUUUCCCGUGUGUCUGUGGUAUGUUUGCCAUUAUCAAUCCAGUUUACUGUGCAGUGUGGAUCCUUGGAAAUAUACCACACUGUGCAGAGUUGAAAUUUCUUGUCCCUUCUGCUCAAGACAUUUUACAAGCGCAUGUUAUAUGAACUCGUAGAAUGAAAGUGCCUCUGCUCAUAUACCUCUUGAACCGUGUCAUGAAUUCAGGCCCCG